ACCCCCGCCUCUUCCCCUCGUGCCGCCGCGCGCUGCCUGCCGGGAGGCGGCUCGGCCUCCCCCCGAGAUGGCGGCAAGCGCUGCGCUGUUGACGGUGGGGCGGCGGCUGGGCCUUGGCGCCGCGCCGCGCCGGGCGCUUUGGGGCGGCUUCAGAAAGGAGAAGGAGGAACUAGAAGUGGACAAAAUAGUUGAGCAAGAAAAAAAGGAACCCAGUUUGAUCUGUCCUCCACCACGCAGCAGAAAGUACCUUCCUCCAGAGGAUCUACAGAGUAGCCUCGAGUUUCUUGUCAGGGAGAUUUUCGGACCCUCAGUUCCUGAUAAUUGGCAGCAGACACCUCUGAAAGAAAAUAGGUUAAAGUAUCGCCUCCUCGCUCAGCUAGCAUCAGAAUUUGGUCAUACUGUCCCCAAUUCACAGCUCCAUCUGAUGUGCAGUGCUAAGGAUGUCUUGAAUUUCUACAGCACACCUGUGAAGGAUGUAUCAAAGUUUGAUGAACUGUGUGCUGCGGAGUUACCCCCAAACCUGAAGAUUACUUGGGAACAGUGAGUCAUACCGUGAAGCAUCACUUUGUUUUGCUUGCAUUCUUAAGACAGAACUGCAUAGCAGAGUCCUUUCAUUGUGAUAUCAACCAAAAAUAUUAAUAUCAUCAAUAAAAGUUCAUUUAAUUGUC